GACAAAAUAAAAUCCUUUCCAUCAGGGCCUGAGGCGCCAAAGCAAAGAAACGACCAAUGUCCACUCGAUCCAGUAUCUCCAAGCCUGUAUCCUCUCUUCGUCCCAGAGCUGCUGGUAUGGGGUAUCAUGGUAAUCCAGUCGCAGUGCUCGACAUGAAGUCAGACCAAGUCCGACCGGUUGACAAAGCUGAUGUUGAAGGCAAAGAAGAUUUCGCGGUCGACAUUCCCCGACUGAAGAACAAUGUCCCAGUCUACAUCCCUCGAUCGGACAAUACGAAGGAGUUCAUCGCGGAGGUCAAUCUCUGGAGCAUGGGGGUCCGGUACAACCUGCAUAGACUCCUCGGGGAUGGGCCUCAGCUCUACGUCGUGAAUGCAUAAGGAUGGUCAGCAGGGGCCUAUGGCUUGGUGUGAUGAUUACGGGAGAAUGCAAUUAUUUCCAAUGUUAUUUGCAGAUUUGGCAGCGGGCUGCGUGUGCCACUUUGGGUAUUUUCGGACAUUACAUGGUUUUUAGACAUCUUUCGGGGAGACGGACUGUUCGUAUGUAAUAAAUGUAACAUUUAACCAGGAUCGUUGAAGAUAGCAGUUCAUCCGACGAUGCAAGUCAGCCGGCGAGAUCCUUGGUCAGCUG